UUUCGGGAAGUUUUCACCAAUCUGGCAUCAUGUGUCCACAUGAGUGCAAAACUGGAACCCGAGAAAGGGAAGAAGAACCUUUUGGUUUGCGUAGAUAAGGCUCGCGAAACGAAAGUGCGGUUAUUAUUGGAGAAACUGGGAUACGCCAACAUACCGGGUCAUCUAGCUUCGCUAAAAAGAGUAUGCGGGAAGACCUCGAUUGAUAAGCCUGAUGACGAUCGAUGCCUAUUGUUUUCCCCCCUAUCGAUUGGAUUAGGACCUGAAAGCAUAGGUUCUGGAAAUAUGCAGGUCACAGGCGAAGCCCUUAAGCCUGGUACUUAUAUUCAACUUAUGGAGACUUUGGAGCUAGAGGCGCAAUUAGAUUGUCUUAUUGUCCUUUUACCCUAG